CGCGGGGACAUGGCGUCCUGCGUGGGGAGCCGGACGCUGAGCAAGGACGAUGUGAACUACCGGCUGCAUUUCCGCAUGAUCAACGAGCAGCAGGUGGAGGACAUCACCCUGGAGUUCUUCUACCGGCCCCACACCAUCACCCUGCUGAGCUUCAGCACCCUCAGCCUCAUGGCCUUCGCCUUCACCCGAAAUGAUUCUAUACCAGAAGAUAAUAUUUGGAAGGGUAUUCUCUCUGUGGUUUUCUUCUUUCUAAUCGUUAGUGUUCUAGCAUUUCCAAAUGGGCCUUUUACUCGCCCACAUCCAGCAAUAUGGCGGAUGGUUUUUGGUCUCAGCGUUCUCUAUUUCCUGUUUCUGGUGUUUGUGCUCUUCCUUAACUUGGAGCAGGUCAAAGCAGUGAUGUAUUGGCUAGAUCCUAAUCUUCGAUAUGCCACCAGAGAAGCAGAUAUCAUGGAAUAUGCUGUAAAUUGCCAUGUUAUCACCUGGGAGAGAAUCCUUAGCCAUUUUGACAUAUUUGCUUUCGGGCAUUUCUGGGGCUGGGCAAUGAAGGCCUUGUUGAUCCGCAGCUAUGGGCUAUGUUGGACUAUUAGCAUCACCUGGGAGCUCACUGAGCUGUUCUUCAUGCAUCUUCUGCCUAAUUUUGCUGAAUGCUGGUGGGAUCAAGUCAUUUUGGACAUCCUGCUAUGUAACGGGGGUGGCAUCUGGUUGGGCAUGGUAGUUUGUCGUUUCUUGGAGAUGAGGACCUAUCACUGGGCAAGUUUCAAAGACAUUCAUACUACCACAGGGAAAAUCAAAAGAGCUGUAUUACAGUUCACUCCAGCUAGCUGGACCUAUGUUCGCUGGUUUGACCCCAAGUCCUCAUUUCAAAGAGUAGCUGGAAUAUAUCUUUUCAUGAUCAUCUGGCAGCUGACUGAGUUGAACACAUUCUUUUUGAAGCAUAUCUUUGUGUUCCAAGCAAGUCACCCUUUAAGCUGGGGUAGAAUUCUCUUCAUUGGAAUUAUCACAGCACCUACUGUAAGGCAAUAUUAUGCCUACCUCACAGACACACAGUGCAAAAGGGUAGGAACUCAGUGCUGGGUGUUCGGGGUCAUUGGUUUCCUUGAAGCUAUUGUGUGUAUAAAGUUUGGUCAAGAGCUCUUCUCCAAAACACAAAUAUUGUAUGUUGUAUUAUGGUUUCUUUGUGUGGCUUUUAUAACUUUCCUGUGUUUAUAUGGAAUGGUGUGGUAUGCUGAGCACUAUGACCACCGAGAAAAGACCUUGUCAGAAAGUGAGGACAGCCCUUACAGCCCAGAUGCCUCAUGGCUUCAUUCUAAAUUCACUAAAGGUACUGAAGAUAGUCCACCAAAACAUUCAAGCAACAUUGAGAGCCAUUCAUCUAGAAGAAGGAAUCGUCAUUCCAGAACAAAAGUAACCAAUGGAAUUGGCAAGAAAUAAGUUCAGUAUCUAAAAAUGUUCCAGAAUGUGCCUAGAAAUGAGAAGGAAAACUGGACCCAGUUCUUACUUCACCUUUAGAAGGUUAAUGAGAAAACAGGAGAAGAGAGGGGAAAAUGUUUGCAGAAACUGAAGGAUCUAGUACCUUUUAAGAUAUAGCCAUCAAUGUAUUGCCUGUUGCUAUGUGCCAUUCACUGACUUAAAUAGAAUUUCUUCAGCACUUGGCAUUCAGAAACAAGUAGUAGUGUGCUGAAAGGAAAAACAGUUUGCUGUUGGCAGAUGUUCAGGUAUCAUGAUUUGCAUUUUUAAUAUCUUUGUUAGUGAGACUAUUAACCCAAAAGUUAAUGGACGAUAAGCAGAUGUUUGCGGUGUUUUGUUUGAUUGGGGGAGGGGAACACUGAGGGAUUGGCUGGUUGGUUUUGUGUCUGUUUUGAUUAGUUUCUUUAUUUUAAAAUAUACAUAGUCUUUGAUUAAAAGCAGUUCUGCCCUUCAUUCUCAAUCUGACAACCAAAUUUUUCAAUACUAAUGGUUCUUUUUUUUUUAAAUAAAUCCAAACUCGUAUCCAGUUGCUCAUUUCAUGACACACUCUCCACUUGGUGGCAGGAUGUUACCAACUGGGGAAUGUGUCAGGGAUCUUGUAAAAAAGGUUGCAGAGUUAAUUUCAAAUGUUUCCUUGUUUAAGAUUCUGUUCUCUAACCCAUUUGUUCAAGCUUAAUUCAAAUGCAUAUAUGAACCCUGCUACACAGUAGUGAGGGCUAUACCUAUUGACCCCAGGGGCAGAUGUAGUAUAGUUCAUUUUACUUACUUCCUGCCCCAAUUUACCACUGUGUAUUUAUUGCCGUUAGCUGCGUGUAGUGUUGUGUAUAGUAGUAGUGGAUAUUACUCUUUCUAUUGUGCCUGCUUUGUAAAAUACUCGCCCCUUGAUUCGCCUACAUUUCAGAUGUGAUCAGAUUGUAAGUUUUAAAUAAGAAUUGCAUUGAAGGUUGCUUGGCGGCCUUCAGUGCCUGAGCAUUGUGGUGAUCAGGCAGCUUCUUCAUGAAGCAGUGCAACUCACUUUUUUGUGCAUUUACAAUCCCUUGUAAAGCUUCAGUGUUGCCGAGAGCAGAAUGAGUAAGGCAUUAUUACUGUGUUUAUACAUCUUUUUCUAUUUCCUAACAUGCUAUCAAAUAGUAAACAGCAAAUAAAUCGCAUAUUUGAAACAUCCAUACUAAUUAUGAUCUCAGGGUGAGUGAUUUGCUCAAACUGUAGCUAGCAUAAUGAUUAAUCUUUAAGUAAACCUUUGAGAUCUAUCAGUUGCUAUACUAUCAGAUUUUUUUUUUUUGUGCCAACUAGGUUGUGGGGUCUAUAUACCCAGAGAAUUAGCACAGCAGACAAGUUAAGAAAAAUAAAUAAUACCUGUAUGAGUCACAAGUCCAUAUAACAACUAAGAUUUAAUUUGUGCGAAAUGUUACUGUGAUUUAGCCAUAGGUUAUAUACUAUAAAAUGAUGUAAAGAUUUUAUCAUACAAAUGUAUGACACUGUAAGUAGAAAAAUUAUCCUAUGUGUAUUCUAUGAUGAUUUAUGUGCCACAAAUUAUCAAUGCUUGGAAUGCACUUAUUAUGCUGCUGCCUAACUCUAGCCCUUUUUAUUUUCUUCAGUCCAACACAAAUGUACAACUUGAGAACUAAAUUGUAUUGAAAGCUG